AUGGCAGACCAGGCAGAGCAGAACAUCGAGGUCUGGAAGAUCAAGCGCCUCGUCAAGUCACUCGAAGCUGCUCGAGGCGCGGGCACGUCUAUGAUCAGCUUGAUCAUCCCACCCCGAGCGCAGAUUGCACAGAUCUCCGGCAUGCUGACGCAAGAAUACGGUACAGCAUCCAACAUCAAGUCUAGAGUGAAUCGGCUGUCUGUUCUUGCCGCCAUCACGUCGACACAGCAACGGUUGAAGCUCUACAACCGCACUCCCCCCAAUGGGCUCAUUGUCUAUUGUGGCACGAUCCUGACGGACGAGGGAAAGGAGAAGAAGGUCAACUUUGACUUUGAACCCUUCAAGCCCAUCAACACGUCGCUCUACCUCUGUGACAAUAAAUUUCAUACCGAGGCCUUGGCUGAGCUGCUCGAAUCGGAUACCAAGUUUGGCUUCCUCGUCAUGGACGGCUCUGGGUCGCUCUUUGGUACACUCGCAGGCAAUACGCGUGAAGUGAUCCACAAAUUCACCGUCGAUCUGCCCAAGAAGCACGGUCGUGGUGGUCAGUCUGCGCUCCGUUUCGCCCGUCUACGAGAGGAGAAGCGUCACAACUAUGUCCGCAAAGUCGCCGAACUCAUGGUCCAGCAUUUCAUCACGAAUGACAAAGUCAACGUCGCCGGGCUUGUCCUUGCUGGCAGUGCGGAUUUCAAGACUGAACUCAACCUGUCAGACAUGUUUGACCCGAGACUGGCUUGCAAGGUCAUCAAGGUUGUGGAUGUGUCGUACGGCGGUCUGAACGGCUUCAAUCAAGCUAUCGAACUCGCCGGAGAGUCGCUGGCUGGCGUCAAGUUCAUCGAAGAGAAGAAACUCAUUCAAAAGUACUUUGACGAGAUCUCCCACGAUACGGGCAAGUACUGUUUCGGCGUGGAGGAUACAUUGCGAGGUCUCGAACUGUCAGCUAUCGAGACGCUCAUCGUUUGGGAGGACCUCGAUGUUACUCGCCAUGUCUUGCGCGCGUCAACCGGCGAAGAUGUGGUGAUCCAUACCAUGCCGCCCGUCAACCUUUCUGCUACGACGACGGCAGCUGCAACAGACGGCAAGUCGACCGCUGCAGGUAUCGCAGCCCUCUCCGACAUUGACCGAGCCAAGUUCAUCGACAAGGUCACCGGGCUAGAGAUGGAGCAAGCGCAAGAACCCCAGAGCUUGCUCGAGUGGUUCGCAGAGAACCACAAGAGCUUCGGUGCUGCGCUCGAAUUUGUCACGAACAAGAGCCAAGAAGGCUCGCAAUUCGUCAAAGGAUUCGGUGGCGUAGGCGGCCUGUUGCGUUACCGAGUCGACUUUGCCACCAUUGCCGACGCACUCGAUAGCGGAGAUGAGUUCUUCGACUCUGACGAAGAUCACAACUCUGUCGAGUCGGACGCUCGAGGCAGAAGGAGGGAGUCCAAUCGGUCUCACUCUGGAGCCUCAGCUGUGCGCUCGAGUCUUUCCCGCCCCGCGGCCUCACCUUGUCAAGUCUUGCUGCUUAUUGACGGCCUUUUGCCUGAACAGAAAGAGGCGGUCAGAUGA